GGGAAUGACGUUUUUCCCCUAACCUGAGGGGGUGUUGAAAUUUUGUUGAGCGUUUACAGAGGAAAGGAAAGGCAAGGGAUGAACAAGUCGUGAAGAAAAGUGAGUACCUUUGAAACGCUCGUUUGUUGAAAGGAGCUGAACACAGAGAGCGCUGCAGCUGGAACCCCUGUGAGUGAGUGACCAGGAGCUAUGGCUGCGUUCAGACAGGAGAGCGUGGAUGAGCACUACGAGAUGGGCGAGGAGCUGGGCAGCGGUCAGUUUGCCAUCGUUCGGAAGUGCCGUGAGAGGAGCACGGGGAACGAGUACGCGGGCAAGUUCAUCAAGAAGCGGCGUCUGUCCUCGAGCCGGAGGGGUGUGAGCCGGGAGGAGAUCGAGCGCGAGGUGAACAUCCUGCGGGAAAUCCAGCAUCCCAACAUCAUCACGCUGCACGACAUCUUCGAGAACAAGACGGAUGUCAUCCUGAUCCUGGAGCUGGUGUCUGGGGGCGAGCUCUUCGACUUCCUGGCUGAGAAAGAGUCCCUGACGGAGGAGGAGGCCACCCAGUUCCUGAAGCAGAUCCUCGACGGGGUCCACUACCUGCACUCCAAGAGCAUCGCACACUUCGACCUCAAGCCUGAAAACAUCAUGCUGCUGGAUAAGAAUGUGCCCAGUCCCCGAAUCAAACUCAUUGACUUUGGGAUUGCGCAUCAGAUCACGGCUGGCAACGAGUUCAAAAAUAUUUUCGGAACCCCAGAGUUUGUAGCUCCAGAGAUUGUGAACUAUGAGCCUCUGGGAUUGGAAGCAGACAUGUGGAGUAUUGGAGUGAUUACCUAUAUCCUGCUGAGCGGCGCCUCCCCAUUCCUGGGAGAAACGAAGCAGGAGACCUUGACAAACAUCUCUGCUGUGAACUACGACUUUGACGAGGAAUACUUCAUGCACACCAGCGAGCUAGCCAAGGACUUCAUCCGCAGACUGCUGGUCAAGGACCCCAAGAAGAGAAUGACAAUUGAGGACAGUCUGCAGCAUCCAUGGAUUAAGGUGAUCAAGCGACGGAACGUGCGCAAGGAGGACAGCGACAAGAAGCCGGAGCGGCGGCGGCUGAAGACCACACGGCUGAAGGAGUACACCAUCAAGUCUCACUCCAGCAUGCCUCCCAACAACACCUACGUGAACUUCGAGCGCUUCUCCAAGGUGCUGGAGGAGAUCGCAGUGGCCGAAGAGGGGCUGCGAGAGCUGGAGAGGAACAAGCUGUCCUGCCAGGAAGACAUUGCCGCCCUGCUGUCCAUCUACGAGGAGAAGGAAAGCUGGUACAAGGAGGAGAAUGAGAGCAUCGAGAGGGAUCUGGGGCAGAUCAGGCUGGAGCUGCAGCGCACAGAGGCCCAGAGGAGGCAGAGCCAGGAGGAGGUGCGCACGGCCCUGCUCUCCGCCAACGCACUCAAGAGGCGCUUCGGCCACCUGGAGAACAGAUUCGAGGUGCUGGCCGAGCAGGUGGCCUCCGAGAUGAAGUGGGUGGAGGAGCUGGUGCUGUCCAUCGAGCAGGAGAAGAGGCAGGGCACAAGCAUGCGCUGAGAGUGACCGAUUUAAAUAGAUAUGCACUGUCUCACACACACACACACACACACACACACACACACGCGUGCAUGUACCUGCAACACAGCCAUGGCUCCUGCUUAUAUAGUGCACAAGGAGUUGAGAAUGCCAUUCUCUUAUUUUUAUGUAGAAGCAGAACCCUAUGCAGUAGUAUCUCAAAGUUAUGAACCAAACCAAACUCUUGAAACAGGACUCCUGCUGGGAAUUUUAUUUUCAACACGUCACCCUUUUGUGAAUCCAGUCCACAUACAUGAAAUCACUGGGAAUAUUGCCCGCUUUAGAGUAUUUUAUUUUACUGUAACAUGUUUCUUUGUCCGCUGGUAAGCUGUUGCAGAGUCAGAAACAUCGGAAAUAUUACUGUAAAAUAUAAUAUAAAAUAUAUAUAUAUUUUUUUUUUAAACUUGUGUGUUGCCUUAAAACAGCAUGUGUUUGCAGAUACAUGUUUUUGACGUUCUACAUAUUUCUAAAUGUUUUCAGUCAGUUAGGUGUUUGUGGGGAGUGGAAACUAUUCCAAGAAAGUACUGCGGCUGUGUGCGACAGUGCAGCCAUAAUACUCCUGUUAAACUGUAUAUUCUCUGUUGUUUUUGUAAGGGUUUUCCUACAGGGGUUAUUGUUGCCUAAAGAGCUACUGGCAAAUUUUAGUUUUAAAUAGGAUCUCUUAUCCCAUAUUGUAUCCUUACAGCAGAUCCUGAUAAUAUGCUUGCAGCUUCUAUUUUAAAGAAUAAUUUAAUAAUUACAUAACUUAAAUCAGAAUUUAGCAUUUCUUCACUGUUGGGAUAAAGCGAAGUGCCUGUGAGACUGAGGGAUAAAAGGGUGUUUACUGCUUGUGUUUUGUUGUUGUUAUGGUGGUGCAGCAAUUCCAAGGUUAUAUGGUGGAUUGUUGAGCACAUUGGAACACAGUGCUGGAAUUGGGUUUGUGGUGGAUUGUUGAGCACAUUGGAACGCAGUGCUGGAAUUGGGUUUGUGGUGGAUUGUUGAGCACAUUGGAACACAGUGCUGGAAUUGGGUUUGUGGUGGAUUGUUGAGCACAUUGGAACGCAGUGCUGGAAUUGGGUUUGUGGUGGAUUGUUGAGCACAUUGGAACGCAGUGCUGGAAUUGGGUUUGUGGUGGAUUGUUGAGCACAUUGGAACGCAGUGCUGGAAUUGGGUUUGUGGUGGAUUGUUGAGCACAUUGGAACGCAGUGCUGGAAUUGGGUUUGUGGUGGAUUGUUGAGCACAUUGGAACGCAGUGCUGGAAUUGGGUUUGUGGUGGAUUGUUGAGCACAUUGGAACGCAGUGCUGGAAUUGGGUUUGUGGUGGAUUGUUGAGCACAUUGGAACGCAGUGCUGGAAUUGGGUUUGUGGUGGAUUGUUGAGCACAUUGGAACGCAGUGCUGGAAUUGGGUUUGUGGUGGAUUGUUGAGCACAUUGGAACGCAGUGCUGGAAUUGGGUUUGUGGUGGAUUGUUGAGCACAUUGGAACGCAGUGCUGGAAUUGGGUUUGUGGUGGAUUGUUGAGCACAUUGGAACGCAGUGCUGGAAUUGGGUUUGUGGUGGAUUGUUGAGCACAUUGGAACGCGGUGCUGGAAUUGGGUUUGUGGUGGAAGGUUGAGCACAUUGGAACGCGGUGCUGGAAUUGGGUUUGUGGUGGAAGGUUGAGUACAUUUGAAUGCGGUGCUGGAAUUGGGUUUGUUUUAAUGUUUCUGACAGACUUACUUAGACAUGCCCUUACCGUGUGAAUUCAUCUUCGCUGUGAUGAGAUAGCCAACAUAGCAUGUGCCAAUGCUGGAAUUACUUUGAGUGUUAAUGUGAAUAAAGUCUAUACUGUGCAGGUUUUGCCCCUGGGAUUAUAGCAUUGAUAACCAGGUGGUCCGUGUUCAUAGUUCUAGCUGUACCGAUACUAUCACUGCUUUAAUAAUGCUGUUUGCUACUGUGAUUCCAGCUCCUGAUAAUCUGGCUCUGUUCCAUUAGCAACAUAUUUAGGAUGAAGACAUUGGGGUGCAUUGAGCUGCUGAUUCUGAAUCUGAAUCUGAACAGAAUCUUUAAAAACAAGCUACUCAACCACUUCACAGCUGAAGUUCAAUCCUAGGAAAAAGGAAAUGCAGUAAUUAGUGUCAUUAAUACAAGACUGAGGAUGUGCAAAAUUAAAUAAAUCAAUCUACAUGUUAUUAAACAGUGCAUAUUGCCAGACAUAACGGUGGUGAGGAAAUGUCACUCCUGUUUGGAUGAUGAGUGAAAUAAAGCAAAGCUGGGUGAGCAGUGGGAAUGUUAUGAAGCUGUUUUAUAGGAAUGCACUGCGCAGACUGUGUGUAUGAGCUCUUUAUAGCUGUAUUAAUAGCAUGAUGAUGAUUUUGGGGACCACAGACUGCACAUCCGUUUCAGUAGCACUGAACUGCUCUUGUUGUUUCUGUGUGGACUUGUGUUUCAGAAUGGGUUCACAGUUUCAUUUCAUUUUUUUUUAUGUCUUAAUACAAUGAAAACACUGAUUUGGGGUUCAUUUAAAAUGAAUGGCAGAACCUUAAACAAGCACUAAACAUGCAUUUUAACAGUGUGAUCACACGCUUCUACAGUAUUCUAGACCUACUUGUGUUUGUAAUAAGUGCCAUUGGAGGGGGGAGUUCUGGGUAUCUUUUCCCAAAGUAAAACUUAUGAAAAGUGGAGUUAAAAUCUGAUGGUGGCUUGGAUUAGUUUUGCAGUCACAAGAACAGACAGUUGUUCUUUGGUUUUAUCCAGCGCAGCUGACAGCAAUAACUGGGCAUAAGAAAAUAAGCUAACAUUAAUGGCGUUAAGGUGCAUUUACACAUUGCUGUAGAGAAACAGUACUGGGGAUGAAAGGGUUAAUAACGCCUAUGAAUAAUACUAAUAUGUAAAAGCCUUAGCAAUGUUUCCAAGUGUGUUCCAAGUAUAUUAAAAAAUAAAACUGAUAUUUGCCAAGCAAUAUUUUAUAUAUAAAAAUGUGUGUAUACACACAAAUAUAAUGUUUCAUUAUGUUUUUCAUUGACGCAGUCGGGAAGAAAAGUGUGGUGCUCUUGGAAUAAGAAUUGUUAUUCAGCUGAUGUGAUUGUAUUUCAAUAUCGCGUGCAGUCAGUUGAAAGCUGCUUUUGCACAUGACAGAGCAUAGCGAGGACUGGAGAGUACAUGGAGGGUGAUCUGCAAAGGAGCGCACUGUCUCUAGUGGGUCUGUAAUGUUUUUAAAUACUGUAGAAUUGAAAACCGUGCAAAACAGCAAUGCUGAGCACAUUGUGAUUAACCCAGGAUUUCUAGAAGAAACACCAAAUUAUAUGCAUGAACUGUAGUCAGCUUUUUUUUAAACGUCUGUUGAUCUGCUGCCUCACGUUUUGUUCUUGUUUUUGAAAACGUCAACAUUUCUUUUUGUAAAACCCUUUCUCUUAUUUCUACCAUUCCUUUGUUCAAGGUAAUAUUUGUCAUUUCAUUUAUUUACAAAUUAGUGUAUGCUCAUCUGCUUGUUCAAGAUAACAUUCUCUUAUAUGUAUGCAUUAUUU